GUUGCUGCCGCCGCAUUAUCGCCCUCUAGUGUCACCACGCUUCAAUUAAUCCUUCGCACUCUCGAUGCGACGUCGUUUCACUCCCCUCCAGAAAUCUCAUUUCACCACCCAAUUUCCUCUCAUUUUCUAUUCAAACCCUCUCUCUACUUUCUCUCUCUAGAGAAUUUCUCUCUCUAGCAUGGAACCACAGCAGCAGCAACCAGAGCAGCGCCACCUCCUCACCGGCGGAGGCGAUUCUCCGGCGCUCUGCGGCCCCACCACCUUCACUUUCCCCUUCGCCGGCGGUGAGGGCUGCGCGUAUUCAAGGGCGGUACUGGUGGUGGACAUGGUGUGGAACCUGGCGUUCGUGGUGGCCGCCGCCGGCGUGCUCCUCUUCACGCUCCACGAGCGGCCUUCUACUCCCUUGAGGCUGUGGCUCUGUGGCUACGCCUUCGAGUGUCUUCUCCACAUGGCUUUCGUCUACUCUGAGUAUCGCUCCUCCACGGCUCUUGAUUCCUUCUCCCGCACUCCCUACAGUAUUUUGAAGAAGUUGGAACCUAUGAACACUUUGACAUCGUCCGUUUGGUGGGUGUUUGGAUUUUACUGGAUUGUUGUGGGCGGCCAAGCACUUGUGGAGGAUUCUCCACGUCUCUACUGGUUAACGGUGGUCUUUCUAGCAUUCGAUGUAUUUUUUAUUAUCUUUUGCAUUGGGAUGGCGUGUGUAGUUUUCUUUGCUCUCUUCUGCAUCCUCCCAAUAAUAGCAUUAGCUUAUGCUAUAAGAAUCAGAGAAGGUGCAUCUGAAGAAGAUAUCAAGUCACUUCCUAAGUAUAGGUUUAGUCAGUCAAAUUCACUGCUGAUGGUCCAUGACAACAAGAAGCAGCUUAUUAAUGCAAGAAAUGAUUCAUGCAACGAAAGCCAUACAAGUGAAAUUUUUCUAGAUCCAGAUGAUUCGGAAUGCUGUAUCUGCCUGUGUACAUAUGUUGAUGGAGUAGAACUCUAUCGCCUUCCCUGUACCCACCAUUUUCAUAGUGGAUGCAUUAGCCGAUGGCUUCGGACGAAAGCAACCUGCCCCCUCUGCAAAUUUAAUCUCCUUAGAGCUGAUACAUUGGUUUGACCCUUCAUAGAUAUAAAGAUUGGAAGACAGUGAGUUACAGUGUCAAUUGAGAGGAACAUGACACUAGUAAACCAAUACAUUUGCUAAUCUGCUGACUAGUGUUGUUAAGUAAGUAGUAAGUAGUAGAAAAGGAAAUGCUCAACCCCUUCAUCUUUUAGUGGGUUCUAGUUUUAGGUUGUUUCCAUAGUGGUCUUUCAUCUUUUGAAUGUUCUUAAGCUUAUGAUGGGGUAUGUGUAUAUAUUGAGGGCCCAUGAAGAGGGUCCCACCCCCCAUAAUUUGUACUUAUGAGGCAUUAUAUAAACAAAUUUUCUGUAUAGCAAUGUUUUUAUUUUAUUUUAUAAUUUGUUGAGUGUU